GCUGCCUGGAGGGGGGCGGCUCUCGGCGGGCACCGCCGGCAUGGGGGCCGGCGGGGGGCUGGGGCUGGGGCAUGGUUUGGGGCAGAGGCAGGGGCAGGGGCAGGGGCUGGUGGCCCUGCUUGUGGCUGUGCUGGCGGCCGUCGCGCUGGGAGGCACCGGGGCGCUCGCCGGGCGCGUCCUCAGCGGUCAAAAGGUGUGCUAUGGUGACUUCAAGCAUUCUUGUUACAAGAUAGCUUAUUUCCAGGACUUGUCUAGACGUGUGGGUUUUCAGGAGGCCCGCCAAGCUUGUGAAAUUGAUGGUGGGGCUUUACUGAGCUUAGAAAGUGAAGCUGAGCAGCAACUAAUAGAGAACAUGUUGCAAAACCUCACAAAGUCAGGCUCCGGGAUUUCUGAUGGAGAUUUCUGGAUUGGGUUGUGGAGAAGCAGUGAUGGACUAGCCACCUCAAGUGCUUGCCCUGACCUCUACCAGUGGGCUGAUGGAAGUGUUUCACCAUUCAGAAAUUGGUACACAGAUGAGCCUUCCUGUGGAAGUGAAGCCUGUGUUGUGAUGUAUCAUCAGCCAACUGCAAAUCCUGGUCUGGGAGGGCCAUAUCUUUAUCAGUGGAAUGAUGACAGAUGCAACAUGAAGCACAAUUUUAUCUGCAAGUAUGGCCUAGACAAUGUCUUAGAAAAAGAAUUAGGAGACAGAGCAGAGCCAGAUUACGGUAUUUUUCCAACAGUGCCAGCAGGAAAUCCAUAUGACACACAGAAACCAGAAGAUCAGUAUCACAUUAUAGCUACUGAAACAGGUAUAAUUCCAAAUCUAAUUUAUGUUGUAAUACCCACUAUACCACUGCUGCUGUUGAUACUGGUGGCUUUUGGGACUUGCUGUUUCCAGAUGCUUCAUAAAAGGGAAGCAAGGAGAAACUGCUUCAAAGACCCAUCUCCAUUAUCAUCUGAAUGCCUUGCAGAAAGUUUAAAUUCCAACCUGGUAUAUGUCUCAGUUUCUAUGAUUGCAUUUGAUGGUCAAACCAGCAAUAUGCUCAGCCUAUUUAUUGCACCUUUCUUACUAAAACCUGUUUCCUGAACCAGAUGUAUAGCUGUUGGAAAUCAGUUAAAGGAAGAACAAAAACAAGUCCAAACCAGUCCACACUAUGGAUUUCAAAGACGCCUAGGAAGGACAGUAGCAUGGAGGUAUAAUGAUUUACUGACUGAAAGCAAAGCAAAAAUAACAUUUUGCAGUCAGGCUGUAUUAUAAUGUCAUCUAAGAACAUUAGCUUGGAAUGGCUUGAAAAUGCAAAGGAUCUACGAGAAUGAACUCUAAGCUCCCCCUUCAGGCAAAUGUUCAGAUCAUUUUUAUAUACUGUUUGAUUAUUAAUUCAGUAACAAAAUAUGCCAUGCUAAAUAAAGGGUAUGUGUUUAUUUUGCUAAGAGAUGUAAGUUAGCUAGUUGUGAGUAAUGAAAUGAACAGAGCAUCUGAAGUUUUUAUGAGGACAUAUCUACAAUGUGCAUCAGUUUUAAGAUAGAUUGUUUGUAGUUAAACAAAACCUCUUUGUUUCCUUUAGUCUCUCAUGCAUUGUAACCUAGUUGAUGUACUGUAAAUGGAACCGAUAAUUUUACAGUGUAACAAUUAUUUAUCUUUGCAUAAAUGUUUGAUACAAAAUAUUUGUUUAGUAUUUAUUUGCAUGCUUAAGACAGUUUUUGAUCCUAAGGCACAAAUUAUUUUAGUAUUUAUAAACCAUUCGCACCGGCAGAGACUGCUGCCAUGUUAUGACAUUGAUCUGCUGUGGCAAAAUUCAAAGAUUAAAAGUUGUUUAAUGUUAUAUAAUGAAUCCACGUUGCCGGGGAGUGACCAUAUCUUCUUGACAUAUGGUACAAGGGCAACAUAAAUCACUUGGCAAGCGAUAAAACAUUAGUGAGGUGUCCCUUGAAUUCAGCCUUUGGUUGUAACUAAUUAUUUCUUUUUUUAGUUUUUCUGAGGAAAAAAAAAAAGUGUAAGUAUCCCAAUAGGAAAGAGUUUAAGAAUAAAAUUACUUGUUUCAGUAAGUCUAUGAAAAGAAGACAUUAAAGAUUAUUUAAAUAUA